GGGGCGCCGGCCCGGCUGGCUGUUCGGUGGGUGUGCGUUGAGGGCCUGCGCCUCAGGGCUCGGCCCAGGUAACCCUCACCUUCAGUGCCGAGGACACUGGACGGGAGAUGAGGAGCCUGCCCCUAAGGCCCCGAGUGAAGUGGCAGAUCGGACCCUGAGCCCAAGCCAAACCCAGUGCUCUUUCCACAGUGGCUGUCAGGCUUCAUUCGGGACCACUGGGGGUGUGGGGGAGGCCGGGUAUGAGCGUGCAGCUUCCUGGGCCCCGGAUCAGGUGGGACAAGAUUUCCACGCACGGGGGAGAAAGGGCUGACCCGCAGCAGCCAGAGGCACCCUCCAGGAGAGGGGUGAUCUGGAGGUCGGUCCGUCUUGGGACCUCCUCCACCUCCUGGUGGCUGAGUGCGGGGUGUGGCCCAGGAGGAGGGAGGGGAGUCCUGCAGGUUCGGGCCUCUCUCCGUAGAUCCAGCCCCAGGAAUUACUAUGAACUGUUGGGGGUGCAUCCUGGUGCCAGCGCUGCAGAAGUGAAACGCGCCUUCUUCGCCAAGUCCAAAGAGCUGCACCCGGAUAGAGACCCUGGAAACCCAGCACUGCACGGCCGCUUUGUGGAGCUGAGUGAGGCGUACCGCGUGCUCAGCCGUGAGCAGAGCCGCCGCAGCUAUGACCACCAGCUCCGCUCAGCUAGCCCCCCAAAGUCUGCAGGGACCACAGCCCAUGCCAAUCCUGCCCGCCAGACACACAGCAGCUCCUGGGAACCCCCCAAUGCGCAGUACUGGGCCCAGUUUCACCGCGUGAGGCCGCAGGGACCGGGGGCCAGACAGCAGCACCAGCAUAACCAGCGGGUACUGGGGUACUGCCUCCUGCUCAUGCUGGCCGGCAUGGGCCUGCACUACGCCGCCUUCAGGAAGCUGGAGCAGGUGCACCGUGGCUUCAUGGAUGAAAAGGACCGGAUCAUCACGGCCAUCUACAACGACACCCGGGCCAGGGCCAGGGCAAACAGGGCCAGGCUCCAGCAGGAGCGACUACAGAGGCAGCAGCCAGCGCCCCCCGGAUCUCCCCAGGACCCCAGGAUCGUGCCGGGGGCCCCCAGCCCUUGAGGGGCUCACCUGGAUGGGGCCUGCAGUGUGCUCGCAGGGCUCCACGCUCCCCCACAACGCGUGCAAUAAAGUGAUUCUCAGAGCUGGA